CAGCUUCUCUCUGCACCAUCAGAACCUCGGAGCUGUUGGCCGCACACCGACGAGGUGAUCCGGACCUACCGCGGCCACAUGGCAAGGUGGCUAUUAGGUGGAUAUGACGGCCAGGAGGCGCGGGUAUGUGCCUGUCAUGGAGUUCCUCCAUCAAAUGAUAAACUCUUCAGACCUCCAGCUGACCAUGUGAUGAAUUUAAGGACCAUGCCAGAUGGCACAGCAGCCACUGGAGAGCUAUGUUUUGAGCCCGUUCACUCCACACCUGGAAGGAUGGUGUCCCUGUCCACAGGCCAGCAAGAUUCUCCUGUGGAUCCCUGUGAAGGAACCAGCUGUGCCUUUGAGGCCACUGACAGUCUGCCUAGGCUCCUGGACACUGACCACCCUCCUUGCCAAUUAGACAUGAGGCUCAGGAGGCACAAAGCCUCCUGGAUCAACCCACCGUGUGUGGAGCAGCCGCUACAAGACUUACGCCCCCAGAGACCAACAGUGCAGAACAGUGGGAAACACUUGGUGGUGGACUCUCUCUCUCCCGUGGGCCUUUCACUGCUGUCCCACGGGGACUCCCUCACUGAAACGCCAUUGUCUGAGAAUACCGCUGGCGCCCUCUGCAGCACCACUGCUCCUGGCUCCGGGGGCAAGAAUGGUGCCCUCUCCCUGGUUACAGAAGAGCGAAAGGUUCAUCCUCAGCAUAAAUCUCUGCUCAAAAACCCCCAGACUGUGGCCACUUCCCCAUCCCCUAAGGAGGACAGUGCCCGUUUUGAGUCUCCCCGUUUGACAGCUUCUGCAGAUGACGGUAACUCUAUCUGCUCCUCUGGCAGUCACNNNUGGAAUUUCUUCCCACUAGAGACAUUCAUGAUGCCCAUUGAUGUGGAAAAGGAAAAUGUUCACUUUUAUGCUGCAGACAUGAUAAUCUCCACAAUGGAGAACAUGAAAUGCAACCUCCUGAGUCAACAGCAACCAGAAAUCUGGGGCACAGAGGAAGCCAGCGGGUCUCGUGGGAAUGGUCAGACCAAUGCUGAAGUGACCUUGUAUACCCCCACCAAGCAGGAGCCAGGGUCCUCCACUUCUUCAGACAGUGGCUAUGAAGAACUUGGGGAAUGUAAUGACGUCACAGAAGGCAGCAGACGCCCCAGCAGCUCUUUAAAGAGUGCAACGUGUGAGUCAGACGUCAGUCCUGCUGGGCUGCUAGCCAGAGAGUUGCUUCGAGGGUUCUGGAAGUGGCAGAUGCUGUCGGAAGUCAACUCUCCGAUGCCCGGCUCCCUGACAGCAGCCAGCUCAGGAGCUGGGAAUGAAGAGAAGGCUGGGGAAGACUUUGAGUCCAGUGUGGACGCAACACAGGAAAUCACGCUGAAGUCUAAGGUCCCAGGAGCUGAAGACUGGGUACCCUCUCGAUUUCAAAUCAUACUUACUGUUCACACGCCAAUCAAGAGGGACAUAGCGGUAGUGGCCCAGAAUUUCUUCUGUGCUGGAUGUGGGACUCCAAUACAGCCCAAGUUUGUGAAACGGCUCCGGUAUUGUGAGUAUACGGGGAAGUACUUCUGUGACAGCUGCCACUCAUCUGCAGAGUCCUGCAUCCCUGCGAGGAUCCUGAUGAUGUGGGACUUCAGGAGGUACCAAGUCAGCAAUUUCUCUAAAUGGCUACUGGACAGCAUAUGGCACCAACCUGUCUUCAACCUGCUAGGCGGGCACCAUGAGCUCUAUGCGAAAGCCAAGGAACUGGACAGAGUGAAGGACAUCCAGGAGCAACUGUUUCAUAUCAAGAAGCUGCUGAAGACUUGCAGGUUUGCUGACAGUGUCCUGAAGGAGUUCGAGCAAGUUCCCAGCCAUGUGACGGACGAAUGCCAUCUGUUCUCCAUGGAAGACCUCCUCAGGACCAAGAAAGGACUGUUGGCACCCUUGCUUAAGGACAUCCUGAAGUCUUCUCUUGCCCAUGUAGCCAGCUGUGAGCUCUGCCAGGGGAAGGGCUUCAUCUGUGAGUUUUGCCAGAGCGCGACCGUCAUCUUCCCGUUUCAGACCACGACUUGCACAAGAUGUUCAGGGUGCAGGGCUUGCUUUCACAAAGAGUGUUUCCAGUCUUCGAGAUGCCCCCGCUGUGCCAGGAUCACAGCCCGGAGACAACAUUUGGAGAGGUUGCCCUCUGUAGGGACGUGAUGGCCCCGGAGCUUUUGUUGGUUCAAAGCACUUUACGAUGAUACCAAAUUGUGUCAAUUGUGUCUGCUCCUGGUAACAUUGUUUCAGAUGCUAAGUAUUUUUAUAGUAAGAAAAAGAUGACUCAAAUUUCCCUCUCUUGUAUAUAUUUAAUGUUCUCAAGGAGUAUGGAAGUUUUGUUAAUAGGCGUUAAGUUUGUGGCUAAGAUUUUGUUUACAAAUGUUUGACUUUUUUUUUUUUCUUUUUGCUGCUACUGGUUGUCUUUAAAGAAUUCUUUUUACAUUUAAGUUGUAGUGGGACAGCUGUUUUUAGCUAAUUUUUAGCUGUUUUUAGCUAUUACACAGUACAUAUUUUUUUAGGAACUGUAACUGACAAGGCGAAGCACUGGUUCCUCUUCCUUCAAAGUUGCUUGUGGAAUGGAUUGGCGCAGUUAAGGGAACAGAGUGUAAUGAGAAUUCUGUUUGGCCAAGCUUUUGUUCCUUCAAGAAAAAAGACUCCUCUGGAAUGUUA